AUGAUGGUUACCCAUUUCAGGGUCCCCUACCCAUUUGUUAGAGCUCAGCAGCAGCCAUGUGCUGUCAUCAUUAGACCAACAAAUGGAGAUUUCCUCAAUGACUACAAGAUCAGUAUGGACCUACACAUAGGUGUGACGGACUCCCGGGGCCGGGUGGUAGAGUAUGACCAACACGGGCUACGUCGUGACCAGCGCCACAGUUGGCAGCAGUGUCUUGUGGUCAGUCAGCUGUGUUCGGAGGAGUGGACACACAACUGGGACCAGACACUCGACUCAGUCGCCAGUCAAGACUGCUGGACUUCAUCUAGGUACCAUGAAGAGACCUUUAACUGCUACACAUUUGUGAUGUCUUUCCUGCGUUGCUUGAGAGAUGGUACGCUAAGUGAGGCUGCAGCCAGUAAGGUGACGUUUUGUGAAGCGUUUGUCUCACCGCGCACCACCACCGCCUGCAAGUACAUUGCGCUCUACAGACGCUUGAAGGACAGUGGUUACUAUGUUUGCCGAUCACAACCUCACAGUUAGUAGUAGUUGAAGUCAAACUAAAUGUGCUAAGCCCUGUAAAUAAAGUUAAUAUUUAA